AUGUUCCGAGUAGAUGCUAGGGUAAACGGUAUUGAGGUACAGGCUGUGGUGGAAACGGCGGCUGAGGUGACCUUGGUUUCGGACCAGGUAGUUGAUCAGUUGCAGGAAAAGGUUCCGAUGUUGGAACAGGUGUUCGAGUUGAUUGUAUUGCGAAAACAUGAAGCCACUAUUGAUGUAGUGGGGGCCGCCUUGGGUUUAAGUGGCCAGAUGGUCGCUUUGGCACAAGAAAGGGGUUUAGGAAAGGGAAAGUUUAUGCUUAGAGGUUCACUGUGGCGAGUUCUGGUGAAGGCGGUGAGCCAUUUCCGAUUUAUUCAGACAUCAUUUUCGGAUGAAAAGAAACUGCUUCCUAGCGUUACCUAUCCUGACAUUGUUAAUUAUCUACUGUUUUCACCCAGCCCAUACACCACUGAUGAUUUAAAGAGUUUAAAGGGUUUGGAUGCCUACAACCAGUCAAUGAGUGGCUGGGUUUCUAACGUUCGAGCCGUUGUCAUUGGGAGCAAACAUGUAAUCCGAUCAAAGGUUCUACAUUCCAUGAGGAUAAGAGACAAGCCAUUAAAUCCGUGGUCAAUUGUGGAACCAAAUGCAGUGAUCCAAGCCUCUCACUGUGACUGCAUGGCGGGUUUAGGGGAAGUGUGUACCCAUGUCGCAGCCAUGCUGUUUACAGUGAUGGAAAUAGUUAGAAUACGCGACUCAACAACAGUCACCCAGGAUCCCGCUUACUGGAAACUUCCGCCAUCUAUGAAACGUGUGGAAUACAAAGAAGUGCGUGAUAUUGACUUUACCAGUGCUAAGUCACUAAAGAGAAAGUUUGAUCGUAGUCUCGAAAUGGACUCUGAAUGUAAUGAAACACCGGCUAAAAAGUUUGAAAAACAGGUUCCGAAACCAACAGAUGAUGAAAUUAAGGACUAUUUGAAAAACUUGCACGCAACUGGUGCAAAAUCAGCUAUUCUCUCUGUGACUGAGGAAUAUUCGGAUGAAUUUGUUCCAACUAUAGAGAAACAGACAUUUCCAAAAGUACUGGGUGAACUAAGGAACCAGGAUGCCUUAUUAAUGAACUUUGGAGAUCUUUUAAAGAUAACAGACAAAGUAGAAAUCAGUGUAUCUUCCGAGCACGUGAAAAACGUUGAGGCAGCUACACGUGAACAGUCCGGUACUAAAUUAUGGCAUGACUUCCGUGCAGGUCGUGUUACUGCAUCCGUGUGUAAGCAAGUAUGUGCAACGGACCCUGGAAAUCCAUCACAAUCACUGAUAAUGAACAUAUGUUACCCGGCGUCAAAAAAGCUGGACACAGAUGCGACACGUUGGGGUAUUAAGAAUGAGAAAGUAGCAAAGGAACGUUUUCUUAGAGCAAUUUUAGCCGAAGGACUUCAUGAGAAUGUUGAAUUGCGAGACUGUGGCUUGUACUUGAGCGAAGAAAAACCACACCUGGCUGCAACACCAGACGCUAUCUUAAGUUGUAACUGUUGUGAAAAAAGUGUUGUCGAAGUAAAGUGUCCAUACAAUCAACGUAACUCCAUGUUAGACGGUCAAUUGAAAGACUUUUAUCUGAAACCUGACGAAACUGGAAAAUUAUUGUUGGAUAAAAAGCACCCUUAUUAUUAUCAAGUGCAGACACAACUUGGUGUGACUAAACUGAAAUCAGCAUAUUUCAUCGUCAUGACUGAAGUGGACAUCCAUAUGGAACAGAUCAUGUUUGAUGAACAGCUUUGGGAGGAAAUUUGCGUGCGCACUGAAAAGAUUUUCAAAGUAGCAAUCUUGCCAGAACUUGUCGGCAAAUUCUAUUCAAGGUUACCGGGCUGUGGACUUCCAAAACCAGACUCAAUUCUUACAGACGCACAGAAAUCUUCAACUGACAUGAACAAUACUUCUGGAGAUGAAGAAGAAAAAUGGUGCUAUUGUGAUCAAGUGGAAUCAGGGGAAAUGAUCGCGUGUGACAAUGAAAACUGCAAAAUAGUCUGGUUUCAUUUUGCAUGUUUGAAAAUGGAUAAACCUCCAAAAAGCAUAAAGUGGUACUGUCCAGACUGUAGAAAACUCCCUGAGUUCAAGAGGUCCCGUGCUCGAGUUGCAAAAAAGUAAACAAACAUGAAAAAUGGAUAUUAUAACAAUAAGUGAUAAAUGAAAGUCUAUUGGAUCUUUACCAUUUAAUUUGCACUAUUAUUUAUUCAGUUGAUCAAUAUACAAAACAUAACAUGUGUUACAACUUGCAUGAUUUGUUUAUGUGCAUAUGACAUAAUCUGCUUAACAAAAUAUAUGUUAUAAAAUGUGUAGAUUGCAUAUUUAAAGCUCUAUGCAAUUCAGUGUUUUACUAUUAAAGUUUAACAACAUCUUAGUACUACUUAUUCAGUAGAUUUAUAUGAUAGAAAAUGUGUUAAAUUCAAUUGUACAUAUAGACACAUUAAGUACCCAAUAUGUAUGUUCUAAAAUGUGUAGAUUGCAUAUUGCAUGAUCUAUGCCGUAAAGUUUUUAACUUUUAAGUCUUAAUAUUUUUGAAAGGUUACACAAAUUCAAGGUUUCGUAUUGCUUACAAAGUAAUGAAAGUAAUCAUACAAAAUCAAAUAAGUUAAUUUGUCAAUAUUUAUUAUUUCUAUUGUGCAUCAAUUGCUCAUUUUUUACAGACUGAUUUUAAUUUAGCAUGUUAAGGAAAGAAAACAUCAUUUACACAAGUGGUAAUUUCCUUUGAAAGUUUUCACUUCUCUUUUUAUCUGGAAUUUUGUUUAUGAUUGGUGAAU